AAAGAUUGGUGUAUUUUUAGAUUGAAAGAUGGCUCCCGUUACAUUGUACACCACUCGUCGUACUCCAGCCGGCAGAGCCGUGGAAAUCACUGCAAAGCUGAUUGGUGUGGAUUUGUAUGUUAAAUUCAUGGAUCUGUCCAAGAAGGAGCAUAUGACAGCAGAAUUUUUGAAGUUAAAUCCACAACAUACAGUGCCAACCAUCGUCGACAAUGGAGUUCCAUUGUACGACAGUCACGCAAUCAUCGUCUACUUGGUGUCAAAAUAUGCGAAAGAUGACGCCCUGUAUCCUAAAGACUUAGUGACGCAAGCACGCAUCAAUGCACUGCUGCACUUUGAAUCUGGCAUUCUGUUCGCCCGCCUUCGUGGCACUCUGGAACCGAUCUUCUACCAAGGUUUUCCGGAGGUUCCUCAAGAUAAGCUGAAUGCCAUCCAUGGCGCGUACGACCUGCUGGAAACAACACUCCAAUCGGACUACCUGGUCGGAAAAACUCUAACACUGGCCGACAUUAGCUGCAGCACAUCACUGUGCACACUGAACGCGCUGUUCCCGAUCGAUGCUAGCAAGUGUCCAAAAUUGGUUGCAUAUCUACAACGAUUAGAGCAAAAUAUGCCCAACUACAAAGAAUUCAAUUCCGAUCGUGCUGCGGAAGCUCUGGACUUCUUCCAGCAAAAGUUGGAGGAAAACAAAAAGAAAUAAAUGAAACUAAAUUUGGCAACACUGGUUGAUAAAAAAAUCUAAAUAAAGAAAAAAAAAACAGUCUAUGUUUGCAC